CUCGUAUUGCAGGGUGAGAUUUCUUAAAGUGGUACACAAAUAUAAAGAUGUGAGCAGCGCUCCAAAUUUUCGUCAGGUUAUCUCACAGACGCAGUGGUCUCAAUCUCAUAGUUACCUUGGCGUGUAUUUCACAGGCACCAUGAUUCUGAUAUACAAAAAGAUCAAGAAGCACAAUGAGAGGAAAAGGCUCGACACACCACAGUCAGUGACGGCUAGUAUUGACAACAAUGCAACCUCGGAGCCCACUACCUCCGUGAUCCCGAAUGAGAAAAAGACUAUUUCACCAGAUGAAGCCGCUGAGAAGAAACGACGACGUACUUACCGAUGGAAAAUUAUUCUGGGCCUCUUUGCACCAUUCUGUCUUCAGUCUUUGGAUACAACCAUUAUUGCAUCGGCACUUCCUUAUAUUGCAGAGGAUUUUGAUCAGAUCAGCCAACUAAACUGGAUCAUUUCCUCGUUCAAUCUGACCUCUGCUGCCUUCCUAUUCUUCUGGGCCCAGCUCGCCGACUUAUUCGGCAGACACCAUACACUCCAAGCUGCCAUUCUUGUCAUGAUCGUUGGCUCGGCGAUCUGUACCGGUGCCCCGACAUCCACCUUCAGCGUUCUCCUUCUCGGCCGUGCCCUGCAAGGCGUGGGUGCCGCGGGAGUCAAUAUCUCUAUCCGCACAAUUCUGGCCGACCGAAUCUCGCUUUCAGAGUACGCACUCAACUGGACUAUCUUCGCCCUCGUCUCCGGAGUCGGAUUCAGCGUUGGACCCGUCAUCGGCGGCUACCUGACUACCACUUCGUGGCGAUGGUGCUUCGCCAUCAAUCUGCCCAUCGGCGUUGUAGCCAUGAUCGUGGUCACUCUUGUUCUUCGAAGAGACCUACAGGGUCCACAGCAACUCCCGCAACUCGAAGGCCGUGACAUGUCGACAGGCCCUCGUCGCUUCAUCGCUCGCCUGUUGACCAUAGACUAUGGUGGGCAGUUACUUUUCCUCUGGGGUUUUGGGUUGCUGAUUCUGGCCUUGACUUGGGCUGGUGGCAAUUACUCCUGGAAAUCAGCAGCUGUGCUCGCCCCAAUUAUCAUCGGUGGGAUCUUAGCUAUUGCCUGGGUUGUAUAUGAGCGCUGCAUGGUGCCUGGAUCUCUGAUGGCUCGUGCUUUACCGAAACAAAAGGCGAUGAUUCCUUGGGACGUGUUAUCCCAGCGGGACGUUGGCCUAUUAUUCCUCGUCAAUUUCUCUAUUGGUGUUGCCGAGUUUGCGGUGAUGUAUUUCAUGGUUUUGUACUUUGCGCUCGUGGAAAAGCGAAGCUCAAGCAAUGCCGGAAUCUCACUACUCUUUUUCUUGCCUGGCAUAGGUGUCGGUGCCUACAUGGCCAUGUUCUCAUCCAACGUCUGGCCACGUCAGACACUCCCAGCCCUCCUCUUAGGCAGUAUCACCUCAUCAGUCGGUAUCACUGUCCUAGCCUGGGCCGUCCACGCCGGAAAAACCAGCCUCAUCUACGGCAUGAUGGCACUUGUCGGCCACGGCGUUGGAAUACGAAUGAACCCAGCCUCACUACACGGACUGGCAUAUUUCCCUACAAUGACGGCUCAGAUUUCAUGUUUAGUGUCAUUCGCUGUUCCAUUUGGAGGCCUGGUGGGACUGACUAUAAUGUCAACGGUAUUUACUAAUAAGAGCGGAUUAGACCAGGUGGAUCCGCAGCGUGGCAUUAUGUGGGCUUUCAUUGCGAUGGUGCCUGUGAUGUGGCUGUCAGUUUUGCUAACCACGUUCCUUGGAAAUGUGUGGAUUCGAAAAGACGGUGGACAUGAAGUUGUUGAUGGAGCCUAUCUAUGGAGCUUCAUCACAAGGAAGAAACUGGAUCGGAAGAGAAGAGAUCGGGAGCAGCAUGAAAUGACAAAUAUGGGCAUGGAGAAGGAGGGAGAUGGCUAUGUCGAGAUAGGACUGGGCAAGACUGCUGCAACUCGCUCUACGGAUUGAGGAUCUAAUAAGGGAUAAAGGCCAAAGCUAGAGUGUAUCACAUUCUUUUUCAAAGCUCUGAAAUACACCUGGUGAAUGCUUUGCGAUGGAUCCCAUAAUAUAGGAAUGAAAUCCUUGAGCUUCGACUUCUU